CCAAGAAGAGAGGAAAAGGAGUGCGCGCCAGGUCCAGCCUCCUCCGCAGAGCCCUCCCCACCGAGACAGCGACUCCCGGCGGAGCCCCGCGCCGGCAUCCACCGCGGCCGCCUCCCCAAGAGCCAUGCUGCGAGUGAUCGUGGAAUCGGCCAGUAACAUCCCCAAGACGAAAUUUGGGAAACCGGAUCCUAUCGUUUCUGUUAUUUUCAAGGAUGAGAAAAAGAAAACAAAGAAAGUUGACAAUGAACUCAACCCUGUCUGGAAUGAGAUUUUGGAGUUUGAAUUGAGAGGGUUACCACUGGACUCUUCAUCUUCCCUUGAAAUCGUUGUGAAGGAUUUUGAGACUAUUGGCCAAAAUAAAUUAAUUGGCACAGCAACUGUUGCGCUGAAGGACCUGACUGGGGACCAGAGCAGAUCACUGCCCUACAAACAGAUCUCCCUGCUGAAUGAAAGAGGACAAGACACCGGGGCCACCAUUGACUUGGUGAUCGGCUAUGACCCACCUUUAGCUCAACAUCCAAAUGACCUGAGUGGGACCAGUGGGCCAGGCAUGGGAGGAGAAGAGGAAGAAGAACAAGGUGAUGAAGACAGGUUGGAAGGGCCAGUGUGGGUCUCUGGGCCCAAAGGGCCAACUGGGACAUUGACAGAGGCUCAGCUUGCUCGGCGGAUCACCAAAGGAAAGAGUAGUCGGCGGAUACUAUCCAGCAAGCCCCAGGAUUUCCAGAUCCGUGUCAGAGUGAUUGAGGGCCGACAGCUGAGCGGCAACAACAUAAGGCCUGUGGUCAAAGUUCACGUCUGUGGACAGACGCACCGAACAAGAAUCAAGAGGGGGAACAAUCCGUUUUUCGAUGAGUUGUUUUUCUACAAUGUGCACAUCACCCCUUCAGAACUGAUGGAUGAAAUCAUCAGCAUCCGGGUUUACAAUUCCCAUUCCUUGCGGGCAGAUUGUCUGCUAGGGGAAUUUAAGAUUGAUGUUGGAUUUGUUUAUGAUGAACCUGGUCAUGCUGUCAUGAGGAAAUGGCUUCUUCUCAAUGACCCAGAAGAUGCCAGCUCAGGUGCCAAAGGUUACAUGAAAGUCAGCAUGUUUGUCCUGGGAACUGGAGACGAACCUCCUCCAGAGAAACGAGAUCGUGACAAUGACAGUGAUGAUGUGGAGAGCAAUUUGUUGCUCCCAGCUGGCAUUGCCCUCCGGUGGGUGACCUUCUUGCUGAAGAUCUACCGAGCUGAGGACAUCCCACAAAUGGACGAUGCCUUCUCCCAGACGGUGAAGGAAAUAUUUGGUGGUACUGCAGAUAAGAAAAACCUGGUGGACCCUUUCGUAGAAGUUUCCUUUGCUGGAAAAAAGGUCUGCACAAAUAUAAUUGAGAAAAAUGCAAAUCCUGAGUGGAAUCAAGUUGUCAAUCUUCAGAUCAAGUUUCCCUCAAUGUGUGAAAAAAUAAAACUCACAGUAUUUGACUGGGAUCGUCUUACCAAAAAUGAUGUAGUUGGAACAACAUACUUAUACCUUUCUAAAAUUGCUGCUUCUGGUGGGGAAGUAGAAGAUUUCUCAUCUUCGGGAGCUGGGGCUGCAUCAUAUACAGCAAAUACAGGAGAAACAGAGGUGGGCUUUGUCCCAACAUUUGGACCUUGUUAUCUGAACCUUUAUGGGAGCCUCAGAGAGUAUACAGGAUUUCCAGACCCCUAUGAUGAGCUAAACACUGGCAAGGGAGAAGGAGUCGCCUACAGAGGCAGGAUCUUGGUUGAAUUGAGCACAUUUCUAGAGAAAACACCACCAGAGAAGAAGCUAGAGCCCAUUUCAAAUGAUGACCUGCUGGUUGUUGAGAAAUACCAGCGAAGGCGGAAGUAUUGCCUGUCUGCUGUGUUCCACUCAGCCACCAUGCUGCAGGACAUUGGUGAGGCCAUUCAGUUUGAAGUCAGCAUUGGGAACUAUGGCAACAAGUUUGAUGCGACCUGUAAGCCCCUAGCAUCUACAACUCAAUACAGCCGCGCGGUAUUUGAUGGGAACUACUAUUACUACUUACCUUGGGCCCACACGAAGCCGGUGGUGACCCUGACUUCCUACUGGGAGGACAUUAGUCAUCGCCUGGAUGCGGUGAACAUUCUCCUAGUCAUGGCAGAGCGGCUGAGAUCAAACAUCGAGGCUGUGAAGUCAGGGAUCCAAGCUAAAACUCCUGCAAACCAGCUGGCCGAGUUGUGGUUGAAGCUGAUAGAUGAAGUUAUAGAAGAUACAAGACACACCUUGCCUGUCACUGAAGGAAAACCUAAUGUCACAGUUCUCGAUACUCAGAUCCGAAAGUUGCGGUCCCGGUUUCUGACCCAGAUCCACGAGGCAGCUGUGAGGAUGCGGUCUGAAGCCACAGACGUGAAGUCCACCUUGCUGGAAAUUGAAGACUGGCUUGAUAAAUUACUGCAACUUACCGAAGAGCCACAGAACAGUAUGCCUGAUAUUAUCAUCUGGAUGAUCCGUGGAGAGAAAAGACUGGCUUAUGCCCGAAUUCCUGCACACCAGGUCUUAUACUCCACCAGCGGUGAGAACGCAUCUGGCAAAUACUGUGGGAAAACCCAAACCAUCCUUCUCAAGUAUCCACAGGAGAAAAACAAUGGGCCCAAAAUACCUGUGCAGUUGCGAGUCAACAUCUGGCUGGGCUUAAGUGCUGUGGAGAAGAAGUUCAAUAGCUUCGCUGAAGGGACGUUCUCCGUCUUUGCUGAAAUGUAUGAAAAUCAAGCUCUCAUGUUUGGAAAAUGGGGCACCUCUGGAUUAGUGGGACGUCAUAAGUUUUCUGAUGUCACAGGAAAAAUAAAGCUCAAGAGGGAAUUCUUUCUGCCUCCAAAAGGCUGGGAAUGGGAAGGAGACUGGAUAGUUGACCCUGAAAGAAGCUUGCUGACUGAGGCCGACGCAGGUCACACGGAGUUCACCGAUGAAGUCUACCAGAAUGAGAGUCGCUACCCCGGGGGCGAGUGGAAGCCGGCCGAGGACGCCUACACGGACGCGAAUGGUGACAAAGCAGCAUCUCCCAGUGAGCUGACUUGCCCUCCGGGUUGGGAAUGGGAAGAUGAUGCUUGGAUAUAUGACAUAAAUCGAGCUGUGGAUGAGAAAGGCUGGGAAUAUGGAAUUACCAUUCCUCCUGAUAAUAAGCCCAAAUCCUGGGUGGCAGCAGAGAAAAUGUAUCACACCCACAGACGACGAAGACUGGUCCGAAAACGCAAGAAAGAUUUAAUGCAGACAUCUUCAAGUACAGCAAGGGCUAUGGAAGAACUUGAAGACCGAGAUGGCUGGGAAUAUGCUUCUUUAAUUGGCUGGAAAUUUCACUGGAAACAUCGGAGCUCAGACACCUUCCGCCGCAGACGCUGGAGGAGAAAAAUGGCUCCCUCUGAAACACACGGUGCAGCGGCCAUCUUUAAACUUGAAGGCGCCCUUGGUGCAGACACAACGGAGGACGGAGAUGACAAGAGCAUGGAAAAGAAACAUUGCGCCACCACUGUGUUUGGAGCGAACACUCCCAUUGUGUCCUGUAACUUUGACAGAGUCUAUGUGUACCACCUGCGCUGCUACAUCUAUCAAGCCCGAAACCUCAUGGCUUUAGACAAAGACAGCUUUUCAGAUCCCUACGCUCAUGUCUCCUUCCUCCAUCGAAGCAAAACCACAGAGGUCAUCCACUCCACCCUGAAUCCAACAUGGGACCAAACAAUUAUAUUUGAUGAGAUUGAAAUCUAUGGGGAACCUCAAACGGUCCUUCAGAACCCACCCAAAGUUAUCUUGGAACUUUUUGACAAUGACCAAGUGGGCAAAGAUGAAUUUUUAGGACGAAGCAUGUGCUCUCCUUUGGUGAAACUCAACUCAGAAAUGGACAUCACACCCAAACUUCUCUGGCAGCCGGUCAUGAAUGGAGAUAGAGUGUGUGGGGAUGUCCUUGUAACUGCGGAGCUGAUUCUGAGGAACAAGGAUGGCUCCAACCUUCCCAUUCUUCCCUCUCAAAGGGCACCAAACCUCUACAUGGUCCCCCAGGGCAUCAGGCCUGUGGUUCAGCUCACUGCUAUUGAGAUUCUAGCAUGGGGAUUACGAAAUAUGAAAAACUACCAGAUGGCGUCUAUCACGUCUCCGAGUCUCAUUGUGGAGUGUGGAGGGAAGAGAGUGGAAUCAGUGGUGAUCAAAAACCUUAAGAAGACACCCAACUUCCCGAGCUCUGUGCUCUCAAUGGAAGUGCUCUUGCCCAAGGAGGAGCUAUACAUGCCACCACUGGUGAUCAAAGUCAUUGACCACAGACAGUUUGGUCGGAAGCCUGUUGUAGGCCAGUGCACCAUUGAACAACUGGACCGCUUCCGCUGCGAUCCUUAUGCAGGAAAAGAAGAUAUUGUGCCGCAGCUAAAAGCCUCUCUGAUGUCUGCACCUCCUUGCCGAGAUGUCAUUAUUGAAAUAGAAGACACCAAACCAUUACUGGCUUCCAAGUGCUUAAGCAGCGUGUCAACAGCACUCAGCAAAAUGGCUUCUCCAAGAACAGUGCAUCUAACAGAAAAGGAAGAAGAAAUUGUUGACUGGUGGAGUAAAUUCUAUGCCUCCUCCGGGGAACUCGAAAAAUGUGGACAAUAUAUUCAGAAAGGCUAUUCCAAACUCAAGAUCUAUAACUGUGAACUAGAGGAUGUGGCUGACUUUGAGGGCCUGACAGACUUCUCGGAGACUUUCAAGUUGUACCGGGGCAAGUCUGAGGAAAAUGAAGACCCUUCUGUGGUGGGAGAGUUUAAAGGUUCUUUCCGCAUCUAUCCCCUGUCGGAUGACCCCAGCAUGCCUGCCCCUCCUAGGCAGUUUCGGGAAUUGCCUGACAGUGUCCCACAGGAAUGCACGGUUAGGAUUUACAUUGUUCGAGGCUUAGAGCUGCAGCCCCAGGACAACAAUGGCCUGUGUGAUCCUUACAUAAAAAUAACACUGGGCAAAAAAGUAAUUGAAGACCGAGACCACUACAUUCCCAACACUCUCAACCCAGUUUUUGGCAGAAUGUAUGAACUGAGCUGCUACUUGCCUCAAGAAAAAGACCUGAAAAUCUCUGUCUAUGACUAUGACACCUUUACCCGGGACGAGAAAGUGGGAGAGACCAUCAUUGACCUGGAGAACCGCUUCCUCUCCCGGUUUGGGGCCCACUGUGGCAUCCCUGAGCAGUUCUGUGUCUCGGGAGUAAACACCUGGCGAGAUCAGCUAAAACCAACCCAGUUGCUUCAAAACGUAGCCAGAUUCAAACGCUUCCCUCCCCCCAUCCUUUCCGAAGAUGGGGACACAAUCAGAUAUGGAGGACGAGAGUACAGCUUGGAUGAAUUUGAAGCCAACAAAAUCCUGCACCAGCACCUUGGGGCCCCCGAAGAGCGCCUUGCCCUCCACAUCCUCAGGACACAGGGGCUGGUCCCUGAGCACGUGGAGACAAGGACUUUGCACAGCACCUUCCAGCCCAACAUUUCUCAGGGAAAACUUCAGAUGUGGGUGGAUGUUUUCCCCAAGAGUUUGGGCCCACCAGGUCCCCCUUUCAACAUCACCCCCCGGAAAGCCAAAAAGUACUACCUGCGUGUGAUCAUCUGGAAUACCAAGGAUGUUAUCUUGGAUGAGAAGAGCAUCACUGGAGAGGACAUGAGUGACAUCUACGUCAAAGGCUGGAUUCCUGGAAGUGAAGAAAACAAACAGAAAACAGAUGUCCACUACAGGUCCUUGGAUGGUGAAGGGAAUUUUAAUUGGAGAUUUGUUUUCCCGUUUGACUACCUCCCCGCUGAGCAGCUCUGCAUCGUUGCUAAAAAAGAACAUUUCUGGAGUAUUGACCAAACAGAAUUCCGAGUCCCACCCCGACUGAUCAUUCAGAUAUGGGACAAUGACAAGUUUUCUCUGGAUGACUACUUGGGUUUCCUGGAACUUGACUUGCAUCACACCAUCCUUCCUGCCAAGUCAUCAGAGAAAUGCAAUUUGGAUAUGAUUCCGGACCUCAAAGCCAUGGACCCUCUGAAAGCCAAGACCGCUUCACUCUUUGAACAGAAGUCCAUGAAAGGAUGGUGGCCAUGCUACGCAGACAAAGAUGGCUGCCGUGUGCUGGCUGGGAAAGUCGAGAUGACAUUGGAGGUCCUCAACGAGAAGGAGGCCGACGAGAGGCCAGCUGGGAAGGGGCGAGAUGAACCCAACAUGAACCCCAAGCUCGACCCACCGAACCGGCCGGAGACGUCCUUCCUCUGGUUCACCAACCCGUGCAAGACCAUGCGCUUCAUCGUGUGGCGCCGCUUCAAGUGGGUGAUCGUGGGGCUGCUGCUGCUGCUCAUUCUGCUGCUCUUCGUCGCUGUGCUCCUGUACUCGCUGCCGAACUAUUUGUCAAUGAAGAUUGUGAGACCAAACGCAUAAUGAACGCAACACCUUUCUUUCAAGAGUCCCCCCAGCAAGCAAGAAUCCUGCCUCACAAGUUCAAGUCUGACUUGGAGUCUGAGACUUCAGCAGGUGGUGUGUUACACUGCAUUACCAAGACCCAUCAUUCUCCAGAGGGUCUAGACCCAGGAAAGUCAAGCUAACAAGCAACAUUUUUUAUCUUACCUUCUGAUGCAUUAAAAGCUUUAUUUUCUAUAGUUUUAACCAUAUCUGCCAGAGUAUUUUUCAAGGUGGCUGGUUCCAUUUUUUAAAAAAAUAAAAACAUCAUCUUUUUAUGUGUUUUUUCUAUGAUUCAAGUUUUGAAAAUUGCUGAAGUGUAACUUGAAAUGAUCUGUAUCUUAAUGUCAUAUAUUUCUUAUUUGUAAUCAAGAUAAAAGACUAUGCAUUAUAAAAGACAAAGUAAUUAGUGAUUCUUAUUUAUGUCUGCAAGCAUUGUUGUGAUAUUUUAUAUGGAUAAACUUCAUGAGACACUAUCCAAUCUGUGUGAUAAAUGCAAAUAAAGAGAUCUCACCUGUUA